GCUCGUCCGUGGCUGCGGCUCGCUGGGUCCGUCGUCCUGUCCCGGUGAGCGCACCUUCACCGCAACCAAGAUGUGUGCCGCCGUGAAAGCAGCUACGCAGGAGCCCUCCGAUGCAAACGACGCUGCCGGCAAGACCGGAGAUGGCGACGCGAUCACGGUGAGGGCUGACGCUGCGCUGCUCUUCAACGACGACGGCGAGCGGCGUGACCUUGCACCGGGCGCGGCCGCCAGGGCCAUGCCGGGACUGCGGGACCAGAGGAAGAACCGCGAGUUUUGCGACGCUGUGUUCCGCGUGGCCGGGGGCGCGGAAGUCUGGGCGCACCGGUUCGUAAUGUCUGCCACGUAUAGUGGCUGCUGCGAGCUCUUCACACUCGCCGAGAGAGGCAUGAGUCCCGAGCAGGAGUGGACCCCGCCCAUCCGGGUGAUAGUGGAAGACUUGGACAGCGACAUGAUCCAGGUGCUCGUCGACUUCGCCUACCGCGUUCCGCUGCACCAGAGCAUCGGCCUGCACAAUGUCGUCAAGGUGCUCGAGCUCGCCGAGAAGCUGAAGUUAUACCGACUACGGGAUCACUGCCUAAGCGUCCUCAGUCGGCACCUCGAACCGGAGAGCUGCAUCGACACUUACCGCCUGGCAUCCAGCCGCGGGUACGGGAAACUCGCCGAAGAAGCUUUUCGAUAUCUGGUUCGGAACUUCAACGAGGUGUGGAAAGAGAGCGCCCAGUUCCAGGCCCUGACGCCAGAGGAGAUGCGUACCAUCCUGGAAGACAACCGGCUGUACGCUCCCAAAGAGGUGGAUAUCACGUUCCCUGCCCUACUCAAGUGGAUCUCCGCCGACGCGGAGGGGAGGAAGGCCUACCUCGCCAAGUUCCUGCCGCUCGUUCGAUUCGCACGCUUUUCCGUCACGGACUUCGAGAAAGUCAUCACCAACCCACAAGUCCAGGGUGACGAAGACAGCCUGAAGGUGCUGGGCGUGAUACACCAGACGCUGUCCCGGCCGUCCAUGGCCACUGGCAGAGUUGCCGGCAUUGACCUGUCCCCGAAGCUGUGGCUGACGCCUCGCACGCCCAAGGACAUCUUGUUCCUUUUCGGCGGCUGGACAUCGGGCCCUACUACUGACAUGCUCACUUACAACUGCCGCGCCACCAAGUGGCGGAUGAUGGACAAGCAGUGCACCAUGCCCAGGGCGUACCACGGCGCCGCAGUGAUCAACCAGUGUAUCUACCUCGUGGGCGGAUUCGAUGGCCGCGACUGCUACCACUCGGUCGUCUGCUUCGACCUCUCUCUGGCCAGAUGGAGCACCAAGGCGAACAUGACGUAUGCGCGCUGCUACGUCAGCGUCGCUGUUCUCCAGGGCUACAUCUACGCCAUGGGUGGUUUGCACGGCCGCUUGCGCACCAAUACCGUGGAGCGGUAUGACGUCAACAAAAACGUGUGGUCUAUGGUGGCCGGCAUGAACGAGAUUCGGAGUGACGCCGGCGCCGCAGCAGCAUGCGGACGCAUCUACAUUGUGGGCGGCUACUGUGGCAUGCACUAUCUCGACUCCGUGGAGUGUUACGACCCCUCGACCGACGCCUGGACCCGAGUGCUCACAAUGUCCUCGCCGCGUAGCGGCCUCAAGGCGGUCGCCCACAAGGACAUUAUAUACAUCAUCGGCGGAAGCACUAACGGCGGCUUGGCGCAACUCUCCUCCAUGGUGAUGAUCGACGUUAGGAGAGCUCGCUUCACCGAUCUCCCCGACAUGCCCCUACCGAAGAGGAACUUUGCCGCAGUCGUUCUCGAAGGCCAGAUAUACACCAUUGGAGGAUAUAGCGGAUAUGGGACCGUAAAAACGGUGGAGCGAUACGACAUCGAAGCCCGGACCUGGCACUCGGCUCCCGAGCUCAGCAUGAGCUGCAGCGCAGCCGCCGCUUGCGUCGUUCGCGAUGUAGGCAACGCUGAGUCAUGGAUAUGAACCAGCCACGUCACGCUCACCGGUGCGACGUAUCUGCGGCCACCCGUUCGGUCUCCCGAUUCAAAAAGAAAGCAUUUUGCUUCAUGAUAUUUAUAUGCUUUAUUUUCUUCCUUCAUUGCUCUGUCUUCUCACCAACGUAAUCCGUGUUGCCCUGUGUCAACUACAAGCCGACGUGUUA